GUCCAGGAUGGAAUAUCCCGGUUUGAUAUUGCUAAUUUCCAUUAGUUUUCUACACAUUGGAGCAUUGCAUGACAAUGGAACUACAUCACUUAAUGAUACAACAACAAGUAAGGAAACCUUGAAUUUUUGGGGUCAGUUUGGGUAAGUCUUUUGUUCAUAUAUAUCAUGAAUAUUUUCCAACCCAUUUAUAUCAGAUGCUCCUAUUUUAGCAUUUUUAUAUCAAUAUGUCACAAAUCUUAAGAAAAAACCCAAUAACAUUCCAUAAUGAUCCAAAUAUACAGGAAACCUUCCCCGUAGAUUGAGCACUAUCCAUGAUAUGAUCAAUGAAUCUACUUGUGAUUGCUGUUAUUUUGUUUUUGUUUAAAAACGUCCAAACUGGAUGCCACCUACAUCUUGUGGGAGUAAAUUCCAUAGCUUAACUAUGUAGAAGUGGUUCCUUUUAUGUGUCCUGAAUCUUAUACCAGUCAGCUUACUUGGAUGAUGCCAGGUGCUAGUGUUAUGGAAAAGGCAGAAAAAUAGCUUCCUAUCCACUUUUUCUAUGCCAUACAUAAUUUUGUGCAUUUCUGUCAUGUUUUCUCUUAUUCAUCCCUUUUCUAAGCUAAACAAUCCCAGAUUUGUAACUUUUCCUCACGGGGAAUUGCUCAAACCUCUUGAUCAUUUUAGUUGUACUUUUUGUACUUUUUCCAGCUUUACAAUAUCAUAUUUUAAAUGUGACCAGGACUGCUUGCAGUUCUUUGAAUGUGGCUGCUUCAUACAUUUGUAUGUGGGGAGAACAUUUUAAAUUUCAUUCCUAAUUAUGCCCAGUGUGGAAUUUGCCUCUUUUACAGUCGCUUCAUACCAUUCUGAAAGUCCUGUUGAUUAUUUCAACAGGGUUUGUCCUCCUAUAUGCUUUUUAAUUUUAUCUUUAAUAAUGCUUUCAAUCAAUUCAUGCAGAACAGACAUUAGGCUAAGAUGGCAUGCAAUUUCUUAGAUCUCCCUGGAUUCCUUAAAAAGUGUUAUAUUGGCCCUUCUCCAGUACUCUCUUACAGAGGCUUAUUUUAGAGAUAUUUGACAUACUUUGUUAGAAGAUCAGCAUUUUAUUAUUUGAGUUCUGGCUGAUUAAUCAACUUUCAGUUUGCCUAUAAGUUCGAGAACUUCAUCUUUUGACACCAGUUGUUUGCCUCAAAUUUUUCAGACUUAGCUUCAGUUCACAUCAUAGUCAAAUUUACUUUCAGAUUCACACAAAUUCAGGCACAAUUUUAAUUUCUGUAUCUUCUGCAGUAAAGGAAAAUGAAAAGAAUUCAUUCCACUGCUCUGAAAUUUCCAUAUGCUCCUGUAGUUGUCCAUUAACUAAGAUCGAACUGACUCUUUAGCUAACUUCCUGCUGAUUAAAAAUUCUUCACUGUUGGCCUUGAUGUUGCACCUCAAAAUGCUUUUUUUGUCUCUUAUUGUCUUCUUGCAUUUCUUCUGUGCAUCCUCAUGGUCCUCUUUGUUUUCCUAAUUUCUACAAGUUUUUGGAAGAAAGUCUUUUCUCUGUCAGUUUCCUUGAUAGUGCUGAUUAACUAAGCCGAUGAAUUCUUAGACUGGGUGUUAACUUCCUAACCAGUGGUAGACUUUCUAGCUAAGCCUCUAUUAUUGUGGUUUUGAGCAGACUUUGAGCAUUUUGAAAGGAUCUAACCCCUUUGAAUCCCCCAGUGAACUCCCUUGUUAACAGUUCCCAAUUUUAGAGCUUCCUAAAUUGCAAUCAAAUGUAACUUAAAUGUAUGUUAACUGUUCAAUAUACAUAGUGCAACAUUUUCUCCUCUACACCCUUUCUUGUCCUUCAUGUACAGUUUUUAUCCAGACGUGACUAUAUCCCACUGGUCUCUCCAUUCCCCCAGGCUUUUGUAAUGCCCCCUAUAUCUAGGGUCUGACAUCAAUCUUACUUUUAUUCCCUUGCAGUUUGCUUUCUACCUAGCUUGCUUCAGAUGAGAAUAAGGAAAGCAAAACUUUUUGCAGUUCUGAGCUCAAAGCUUUUGACAGUACAACAGUGUAGAGAGAGUGGUGAAACAGUGACUUCCAGUGUAUGUUCACAUUCUCUAACUCCUGUGUGCUUCAAAUUGCAUGGCUAUCCCAUCAUGUUAAUCAUUCCUAACAUGUGUUUGGAACAGGGCCAGAGCUGUCCUAUAAUUUAUAUCCUGAGUGUGAAUUUUUUUGUUCCUGAAUUGCAAGCCCACAUGUGCAAAAAUCGGUGAUGUGAUGUAAAGUAAUGGCUAGGAGUCUGAACUUAGGAACUCCUUCCACAAACGUUUUAGGCAAACCUCUAUGUCCCAUGCCUAUCUGUGAUAUGGGGAUAACAAUGCUGAUUUACCUUAUGAGUUUGUUGUAAAGAUUAUAACUAAGAUACUAGAUAUGAAGCACCUGAACUCUUCAGUUAUCAGGUGAACUUCCCUGAUAUGUAGAGCACAUGCAUUCUGAAGCUUGGAGUAAAUUAAAUUGGGCUAUGGACAAUAUAAAAAAAUCCAUUAACUGUACAGCAUGCAAAUGACUUGUCUAUAGUUAAAAGUACUUUUAUAAGUAAUCUGCAAUAGAGUUAAAUACAAGGGCUAAGAGUGUUUGGGAUUCCUGAUAUGAUGCUUCAAGCACCUGGUACUUAUCUACUGUCAUCACUUAAUGAUAACUCUGAUUACUUAAAGAGCAAGAAUCACACUGAGCAAGAAUCACAUGGCUGCCACAAACCCAUGAAAGCUUUAACAUUUUAACUGCAUUUAAAUCAUAAAUAGUAACACUUGAGUUGAAAAUUGUGUACUCUUCCACUUAUUGAAUGUCUUAAUAAGCUUAUAUAUCUUAUUCCAAAUUUCAGCAGUCUAGCAGCUCUAGUUUGAACCAAUUGCAAAGUCCAGAUUGUCUUCAGGGGCAGUCCCACAUACAGCGUGUUACUGUAGUCCAAGUGGAGGUUACCAGUGCAUGAAUCACUGUUGCUAGGGCCAAACAAGAGGAUACUAAAGCAUGGAUAAUUGUAGCUAGGCUCUCUCUGUCCAGGUUGGGUUGUUCUUGGUAUAUUAGCUUAAGCUGAUAAAAGGUGCUAGAUGCUACUGAAUCUAUUUGUGCCUCAAGCUACAACUCUGGGUCCAGCAGCACCCCCAAACUACAAACCUUGCCCUUUGUGGGGAGUGCAAUCUCAUCCAGAACGGGUUGAAUAUCACCUAGCUAGACAAAUGAACCACCCACUACAAUUAUAGGGGCACCUCUUCAAAUUCUUAUCGUACAUCUGCCCUUCUCUAACUCCCUCCUCCUAAAAAUAAAUAAACAAACAAAAGAAAUGGUGGCUGCUUUUAUGGCUGCCCAUGACCCCAUUACAGGUACUGACUUAUCUAUUCUCCAAACCUUUUACUGCCACCAGGGCCAUAACGUAGUGGCAGAGCAUAUGCUUUGGAUGCGGGCAAUCCUUAGUUUAGUCCCUAGAUCGCCAGAUAGGUCUGAGAUGCAUCUGCAAGUAGGUUUAAGCCUUGGAGUGCUAUGGCCAAUGCUGCCGAAAGUCUGAUAUGGUAUAAUGCAACUUCCUCUGCCUCAAGCAAUGUUCAUACAGUCAAAAUGGUCUUGCAUGAUGUCAGCACUCCUCAAGCUUCAUUUUUUAAGGUUAUGUAACUGUCAUUAUUCACCUUAGUAAAAAAAAAACCUCUCCAAGCAUAAAAAGCAGCCCUAUUAGCAGAGCUGAGUUUCUUUGCAAGGCUUGCACCUGUCCAAAUGAAGGCAAGGUGUCUGUAAUGUGUGUUAUGGUUAGGGAGCAUAGAUUCUGGGAAGCAACUACUAGUCAAGGUGCAAACAGACACAAGUAAAAGAGAUGUGGAUUCAGAAGUCAGAUGAAAGAUACUAGUAAAUUGAAUACUGAUGUUUCUCCUUAGCCUCUGUUGCAGACUUGGUGAACCAUUUCUGUGGUUCUGUGGUCUCUGUGCUUCACACACAUAUGGGCUUAAGUGAAUUGGAAGGCCAGGGUUGGAAGAAACUUCUAUAACUCAGCAUCACAGAGUGGGCAGGGCCACCCAUCCCCAUUAGAGUCCUGCUACAAGGUUAGGGGCUCCCACCCAGUCCCUCAGUUCCUUUUUGACCACAUACCGCUUAGGUCGAAUUUGCUUCUUGCUCCUCUCCUUUUCUCUCUCUCUUUUUUAAAUUCAUUCUUGUUUUCCCUUUGCCUUUCACUACUGGACUACUGGGCCUCCACCAAAACUGUUGAGGCCCUCCCAACUGCAGGAGAGGGCCAGGAAGAUGGCCCAUGGACUAACUGUGGCCACAGUCCUUCCAAGUUGCUGCAAAGAGCACCCAGCCAGUCAGCUGGCCGAUGGUCAUAACUCAGUUGCCACGGCCUUCCAAGAGUGCUGCCACGGCCUUCCAAGAGCACCGCUGUGGCCAGCCGGCUAGCCAGCCACCGCUACCAACACCACCCAGCGCAGCUGCCGUCAUGGACCACUGCCUGCCACCACCAGGAAUCACCUCCAAGCACUGCUGCAACCUUCGUGGCCUUCCUGGCACCACUGAGGAUCACCUUCAGGUCCUCCAAACGUAAAUGGCCAGCCACAGCAUCUAUUGACUUCAAUGCUGAUCCUGAUUCUUGUUUUUAUAAUUUUAGUUUUUUUAGCUGGCUAUUUUUUCAGGUUCAGGAAACACAGAAAAGCAGUUGUGAAUUCCAGUGACAAAAAAAUGCCAAAUGGAAUCUUAGAAGAGCAAGAACAGCAAAGAGUUAUGCUUCUUAGGCGGUCUCCCUCUGGCCCAAAGAAAUAUUUUCCUAUUCCAGUGGAACACCUUGAAGAGGAAAUAAGAAUAAGAGCAGCUGAUGAUGGGAAAUUAUUUCGGGAAGAAUUUAAUUCAUUACCACCUGGAUGUAUGCAAGGUACACUUGAGAUGGCAAAUAAAGAGGAAAACAGAGAGAAAAACAGAUAUCCAAACAUAUUACCUUAUGAUCAUUCCAGAGUAAUGUUAAUGCAGGUAGAUGGAGUUCAGAGUUCAGACUACAUUAAUGCUUCAUACAUAGAUGGCUACAAGGAAAAAAAUAAAUUUAUAGCAGCUCAAGGUCCAAAGCAAGACACUGUAAAUGAUUUCUGGAGGAUGAUAUGGGAACAGAAAUCUGCAACUGUUGUCAUGUUAACAAAUGUGAAAGAGAGAAAAGAGGACAAAUGUUUCCAAUAUUGGCCUGAUCAAGGAUGCUGGACAUAUGGUAACAUCCGAGUUUCUGUGGAAGAUUGUAUAGUUCUUGUGGAUUAUACUAUUCGGAAGUUUUGUAUUCAGCCACAGGUCUCUGAUGGCUGCAAAGCUCCAAGGCUUGUAACUCAACUUCAUUUCACAAGCUGGCCUGAUUUUGGAGUGCCUUUCACACCUAUUGGAAUGCUUAAAUUCUUAAAGAAAGUAAAAUCACUGAAUCCCACACAUGCUGGACCAAUUGUGGUUCACUGCAGUGCUGGUGUCGGUCGGACGGGCACAUUCAUAGUAAUAGAUGCCAUGAUAGACAUGAUGCAUGCCGAACAAAAGGUUGAUGUUUUUGAGUUUGUGGCAAGAAUCCGCAAUCAACGCCCACAAAUGGUUCAGACUGAUAUGCAGUAUUCCUUCAUUUAUCAAGCCUUACUUGAAUACUACCUCUAUGGUGACACAGAAUUAGAUGUGUCCUCUUUAGAAAAGCACCUGCAGCCAUCACACAAUACAACACCAAAUCUUGUCAAAAUAGGGCUAGAAGAAGAGUUUAAAAAAUUAACAAAUGUUCGAAUAAUGAAAGAAAACAUGAGAACUGGUAAUCUGCCAGCAAAUAUGAAGAAAGCCAGAGUUAUCCAGAUCAUCCCAUAUGAUUUUAACAGAGUGAUUCUUUCAAUGAAAAGAGGCCAGGAAUACACCGAUUAUAUCAAUGCUUCCUUCAUAGAUGGCUAUCGGCAAAAGGAUUACUUCAUUGCAACUCAAGGACCACUUCCUCAUACUGUGGAAGACUUCUGGCGAAUGGUGUGGGAGUGGAAAUGCCAUACAAUUGUCAUGCUUACUGAAGUUCUGGAAAGAGAGCAAGAAAAAUGCUUUCAGUACUGGCCAUCAGAAGAUUCUGUUACUUACGGAGAGAUUACCAUCGAGAUAAAGAGUGACUCACUUGCAGAUGCUUUAAGCAUAAGAGACUUCUUGAUUAUGCACAGUCAGGAGAAAUUAGGCAGACUUGUCCGUCAGUUUCAUUUUCAUGGAUGGCCUGAAAUUGGAAUUCCUGCUGAAGGGAAAGGAAUGAUAGACCUCAUUGCAGCUGUCCAAAAGCAACAACAGCAAACAGGAAACCAUCCUAUUACAGUACACUGCAGUGCUGGAGCUGGAAGAACAGGUACAUUCAUAGCACUCAGCAAUAUUCUGGAGCGAGUCAAAGCUGAGGGGCUCUUAGAUGUAUUUCAAGCUGUGAAGAGUUUACGACUGCAAAGACCACAUAUGGUGCAAACACUGGAACAGUAUGAAUUCUGCUACAAAGUGGUACAAGAUUUCAUCGAUAUAUUUUCUGAUUAUGCUAAUUUCAAGUGAAAACCCCUACUUAUUUUUUAUUUAAUCAUCUGUACAGAUAUUUGUAAAUUCUUAAUUUAUUUCCAUUGAUUUUUAAACUCUAAAUGUAUCUAUGACCAUA